ACUACACAUAACAAAUACUUCUCUUCUGAAAUUUUAACUAAAACACUAGUCUACGACUCUACGGCCGUACCCUGUAAUAGGGUUUUGAUUUCCGGUGACAACUUUAGUUGUCUGGCUCAGUAGGGGAAGGGUUUGGCUCUCGUCUGAUUUGCGGCGAACAUGUAUGCUCGUUUGGAGUUUUUUUGUGCGAGGAUUGUGCUGAAUCGGUGCAGCGGCGAAUUCGAACGGAUUGGAGCGAGGAUUGGGCUGUAGCAACUCGUGGUUCGUGGGAUAGCAACAGGGGAGUGUUGCUAAGUUCCUGAUUGGGCUGAAGCAGAUCGAAAUUCCUUGAUACAUCGAAGAUCUUUGUUCAAUUGCAAUGAGCCUGAUAAGCUGGAAUUGCAGGGGCUUGGGCAAUACGGCAACGGUGCAAUGCGCGAUCGACAUAGUACAACAACAUCGUCCCUCAAUUCUAUUUUUUAUGGAAACUAAAGUACGCUGUCAAUGAGCUAAGGAUGUGCUACGUUCACAGGGGUACCUCCGGAGCUGUGGGGCGGACAGUGUCGGGCACAGUGGAGGAAUAGUGUUGGGCUGGAAUGAUGAUGUUGAGAUUACCAUUAACGACGUCCAACAAACUUACAUCGAUGCUUUGGUGAAGCUCACACCGAACGAGAGCCCUUGGAAGCUCACUUGUUUCUACGGAUAUCCAGAGACAGUUUGGCGGAGAGAGGCUUGGGACCUUUAAUUUUGAAAGAACCGGCAGACAGGAGCACUGGACCCUGGAUGGUGAUAGGGGAUUUCAAUGACAUAUUAUAUGAGUCUGAGAAGAAAGGGAGGGUUCCAAAUCAACUUUGGAGAUUACGUGGCUUUCGGGAAUGUGUUAUGGCCCGUGGUUUGAGAGAUUUUCCUUUCAUGGGUUACCAAUGGACGUGGGAAAGAGGAAAAGGAACAGAAAAUUGGGUUGAGAAAAAGCUUGACCGCAUCAUUGUCAAUGAUGAAUGGUGGAAUAGGUUUAUGGCAGCCCAAGCUUCGUCCGUAGAAGCACCCGUAAGCGAUCAUAUGGCACUUUACAUCGUUGUUCUACCAACUGUGCAUGGGAAAGUGAGGAAGAAGUUUAAAUUCGGAAAUAAAUGGCUAAAAGAAGAAGAAUGCAGGAAUGUAGUAGCUAGUAGUUGGAGUGCUGGAAGUAAUCUGUCGGUUUCAGAGAAGAUUUAUUUUUGUGGGGCCGAGUUACUUCGCUGGGACGGGUGUAGAAAAAGGGGUUUUCGACAUCAGAUUAUGGCCUGUAAAAGGAGAUUAGCAUGGCUUCGAGGCCGACAUGAUCAGAAUAGUACAAUUGAGUUUAUUAAAUUACGGGCCCAUCUUUAUACCCUUAUGGAGAAGGAGAAUGCUUACUGGAGACGGGGGGCCAAGGAAUUCUGGCUGAAGGAGGGAGAUAUAAACUCUCGUUUCUUCCACAAUGCGGUGAAACAACGCAGGAGAACGAACAAAAUUGUAGGGUUGAAAACAGCUGGAGGGGAGUGGGUCACGGAUCAGGAUAAAGUCGGGGGAAUGGUGGCCGAAUAUUUUUCUAAUAUUAUUCAGGUUGAACAGGAGGAGGAGACGAUGGAAGCUGUUUUUUCCAGAAACCGUGUAUCUGCUGGUAAGAAUAUUGAGCUCCUUCGACCCAUUCGUCCGGAAGAGGUGAAAGAGGCAGUUUUUGACAUGCAUCCCGACAAGGCUCCAGGCUCAUAUGGGAUGAAUUCGGCUUUCUUUCAGGCAUAUUGGGAUAUUGUGGGCCCCGAAGUAGUACAACUCUAUUCAGGUAUAUUUAAGGAAUUAAAUCUUAUUAACCUGGUUUUAAUUCCGAAGAAAGAUAAGCCGGAUAAUCUGGGUGACUGGAGACCUAUAGCCUGAUGCAAUGUAGUGUAUAAAAUUUUCUCAAAAGUGAUGGCUAAUCGCUUAAAAGGUAUUCUGGGUGAUUUGGUUGAUGAAAGUCAAAGUGCAUUUAUUCCUGUGCGCUCUAUAAUUGAUAAUGUAGUUGUGGCUUUCGAAACACAUCAUUAUUUGAAAAGGAAGAGUAGGGGUAAGGAAGGUUAUGUUGCUAUGAAACUGGACAUGAGUAAAGCAUAUGGUAGGGUCAGAUGGAAUUUUUUGAAGGGGUGCCUAGUUGCUUUGGGUUUUGAUGUCAGAUGGGUGAACAUGGUAAUGGAAUGUGUUUCAUCUGUCAGCUAUUAUAUACAAUUUGAUAGGGAUUUUUUGGAACCUAUUGAGCCAGGUAGAGGCCUUCGACAAGGGGAUCCGUUAUCUCCUUAUCUAUUCAUUAUGGUGGCUGAGGGUCUGAGUGCGCUGAUCCGUGAGGCGGAAUCAAGAGGGGAGGUCCAUGGAGUGGCAGUCUGCAGAGGGGCACCCAAAGUCCCACAUCUACUUUUUGCAGAUGAUAGCUUUUUAUUCUUUAAAGCAAACGGUUCUGAGUGCAAUGCCAUUAAAAACAUUUUGCAUAUCUAUGAAAAAGCUUCUGGGCAGGUCAUAAAUUAUUCGAAAUCUUCCUUGUCUUUUAGCCAGAAUGUGGGAGAACCCACUAGAGACUUCUGUUGUAAGUUCUUCGACAUUCCACGAGAGAGCGGUCAAGGGCGCUAUCUGGGACUAACAACUUUAGUGGGGAGGAAUAAAGCGGCCAUUCUGGGUUAUCUGCGGGAUCGGGUGAUGAACAGGUUAAAAAACUGGAAUAAUAAAUUCCUAUCCAGGGCAGGCUGGGCGGUUCUCAUCCGGAAUGUGGUACAGGCUCUACCUAAUUAUGCUAUGAAUGUUUUCUUGUUGUCUAAAGAUUUGUGUGAUCAAAUUGAGAAGCUCAUGAAUGCAUUCUAGUGGAAGGGCAAUAAAUUCGACCAGAAAGGAAUCCGAUGGAGUCGUUGGGAGCUCUUGUGUAAACCAAAAAAUGAAGGAGGUUUGGGGUUCCGUAGAAUCAGAGAGUUUAAUCUGGCUAUGCUGGCGAAACAGGGAUGGAGGCUAAUCACUGAACCAAGUAGCCUGAUGUGUAGGGUAAUUAAGGCGAGGUAUUACCCAAACACGGACUUUUUGAAUGCGAAAUUGGGGAAUAAUCCAUCUUUCAUAUGGAGAAGCUUUUUUUGAAACCCAAGAGAUUCUAAGGAAGAAUACCCGUCGCAGAGCAGGCAAUGGCAGGGAGGUGCAGGUCUGGGCAGAUGCGUGGCUACCGGGACAGGUUUCAGGUCGGGUUCAGUCCGCUAGACCUCCGGGGAUUAGAGACAUGAAUGUAGCAUCAUUGUGAGACCAUACAUGUAAGGCAUGGAUUAAAGAGAGAAUUUCCUUUAUUUUUGAGGCGGUAGACAGAGACAUCAUUUUGAGCAUCCCCAUUAGUAAAAAGGAUAGGCCCGACGGUUUUUGGGGGAAAGAAGAGAAACAUGGUGAGUACUCGGUAAAGAGUUGCUACAGGCAACUUACCUAUGUGGCCCCUACUAGGAAUGCAGAUUAUUGGGCUAAAUUGUGGGCCCUUGAGGUUCCAACAAAAUUUAAAUACUUCAUUUGGCAAGUUUUGGAUGGGACGCUUCCAACGGUGGAUAACCUGCAAAAAAGAGGGGUGCAACUAGUGGGCAAUUGUCAACUUUGUGAAAGGGCAACCUAAAAUCUAGAGCAUGUUUUCUGGGAUUGUGGAUAUUCCCAAGACGUGCGGCAUCACAUCGGGGUUAUUAGAGCCACGAGGGUCACCAAUGUGCAGGAAUGGAUCAGAUAUCAGCUCAGGAAUGCCACCAUGGAUCAAAAAUGCAAAUUUGUUGCUCUUCUGUGGAGUAUAUGGAAGAGACGAAAUGGUGUCAUUUGGAAGGAGUGGCAAGGAACAGAAGGAGUUAUUACAAGUGCUAUGAGCAUGAUAAAUAAUUGGAAGGGGGCACAAGGGGAAGUACCCAAGAAGGAGAGGAGGAAGCGAAGUGGUCAAAAACUGACAUGGCAAAGACCGGGAAGAGAAUUCAUUAAAAUAAAUGUGGAUGCGGCCGUUGACUCGAGUGGAAACAGAUGGGCCUGAGAAUGGGUGGCGAGAGACGAGAUGGGUGAAUUCAUUAGGGCAGGUGGAGUGUCAACAGAAGCAAGCUGGACCCCGGAGGAGACAAAGGCGGUCGGCCUGAGGGAUGCAAUGCAGGAGGCGGUACCAGCGGGCUGGCGGAAUGUGGAAUUCAAGACGGAUGCCCUCUCGGUAGUCCAUGGCAUUCGGCAGAAGAGAGGUUUGGCUUAUUUAGAUUUAAUUUUGGAUGAUAUUCGAGAAAUUAUUUCAACAAAGAGUAGUUAUAGUAUCUCUUUUUGUAAGCGAUCUGCGAAUCAUGUGGCUCACACGUUGGCAAGGGCUCAUGUUGUUCUCUCAGAUCAUAGGAGUAUUUUUUAUGUUGCUCCUAAUUACAUUAUAAGCCAACUGGCUAACGAUUUCAUUAAUUAAUACAAGCUGUCAGUUGAGGAUAAAAAAAAAGUAUAUUCAAGUAUAAAGGAGGCUAGUUAGUCACCGACGGAGACAGAGGCGUACGGGGUCAGGGAGGCCUUAAGCGCCGCAUGAAGAUCGGGGUGGCAGAAAAUUGAGAUUGAAACGGAUGUUCUGGUUAGUUGUGGUUCAAAAUGUUUCAAAUAUGGACAACACGGUUGGAUGUUUCUGGGGCGGCAAGUGCUGCUUCAUUGGUUGAUGAGUUUGGACAAAUGGUUUGGAUGGUGCUGGAGCCACUGAUGCUUUUAAGGUUCAUGAGGUCGAUGGGAUAUUAGCUACUAUACCAGCAGUCAUUGUUUCUUUCUACUCAAUCGAUCCGGUGGAUGGAUAUGAUGGCUAAUUUUAUACUACGUAUAUUAAUUUUCUAAUUAACUAAAGCAUAUGUUAUUCU